AAGCUACCUACGCUCUGUAAACCUCGACAACCUUAAUAUCUGGGCCCCCACUUCUCAUCUAUUGCUUUUGCAGCUGGCUUUCAGGUAGUGGACUACUUAUAUUCUUGAACCAGCAUGCUAUAAGCUGAAGCGACAAGGAGGGCAAUCGCUCUUCUUAUCAACAUGGCGUACAACGAGGAAGAUGGCAGCAAUGCGGAUAGCCGUCGCAGCAGCUUUGCUGCUGAUAACACGUCCAGAAGACGGAGGAGCAAUAUGUUCUACCGUCGUGGCUCCAACAUGAGCGACGCAAGUUUUAUAACAGACGUAGAAAUGGCAACCGACGAGAUGUUUUCUGGACCUCUCGCCGAAAGUGUUCCUACCAGCGUGUCCGCGUUCUCACACCGUCGAUUUCGUUCAGACAGCAAUGCCAGUUUCCAAUUCUUCAACGAGGAACUAAACGAAGGGGAGGACGGGGACAUGGAGGAGGAAGCAAUGACAGAUGGCGGAGAGGUGGAGGGUAACGGCGAUGAGCGAUUUGCUGAAGACGAUGAGACGGACUUGGAGGCUGGACUUGCGAGGACGAGAUCGAGACGCAAGAGCAGCAUUGACAGCGUGAAUGGUGGCGUUGACAGGCCAUUGCUACUGACAAGGAUAUCCAGCAGCAGUAGCACGAGAAGUGGGAGGCAUACAAGGGGAGAGAGACUGCAGCAGAAGAUAUAUAUUCUUACCGAGGACCUCACGAUCGUGCUUGCUGGGUUCAAGACAAGUUAUCUAGGCUAUGCCCUAUACACGACAAUAUCGGUAUGCACGUUGGGGCUCGGAUGGCUUGCUCUACGAUGGGUGCCGAGAUGGCAUAUAAAACUUGUGGGGUCGCCACAUCCACUCCGGGACGCAGACUGGGUGGUCAUUGAAAACCAGUGGGGCGAAAUCAUGACGCAGAAUAUCAAGAAAGAAGCAUAUGGAAAAUCGCUCUCUUCCAUCUUUGGCUUUCAAGAGAGAUCCGGCAUGAGGGAGUACGACGAGGAUGACGAUCCGAUAGUGAAAGAACUGCACAUGCUGGAUUAUCGCUAUAUCCGCUUCUGCUACCAUCCUUUGAAGGACAAAUUCCUUCUAGGAAACACCUGGAAGGACCCAGCAUGGACGGGCAUCAAAGUUGUGCGGCAAGGUCUAGAUGAGGAAGAAAAAGAGUACCGCGAGCUCUUGUUUGGCAGGAACCUGAUUGACAUUGAGGAGAAGACAACGGCGCAGCUCCUCACUGAUGAAGUCCUACAUCCCUUCUACAUUUUCCAGAUCGCGAGUUUGUUCCUGUGGAGUGUGGAUGAGUACUAUUAUUACGCUGCAUGUAUUUUCAUCAUCAGCGUCGUGAGCAUUGUAACCACUCUUGUGGAAACGAAGGCUACGAUGCGAAGACUGCGAGAGGUGAGCCGUUUCGAGUGUGAUGUUCGCGUCUUACGAAACGGCUUCUGGCAGACAAUUGUGUCAAGCGACUUAGUGCCGGGAGACGUCUACGAGGUCACGGAUCCGAACUUGUCGUUGUUUCCGUGUGACAGUCUGUUGCUCUCAGGCGAUUGCAUUGUUAACGAGAGUAUGUUGACAGGCGAAUCUGUUCCUGUAUCGAAGACACCAGCCACGGACGAAUCACUGGAGCUGCUUUCGCCAGGAUCAGUAUCAGUGCAUCCUGAGGUUGCGAAACACCUUCUUUUCAGCGGUACUAAGAUCAUAAGAGCAAGAAGACCGCAAGACGACGUGGAUGACGAAGCUGCCGCAUUAGCUAUGGUGGUGCGAACCGGCUUCAACACAACAAAGGGCGCUCUCGUACGCUCGAUGCUAUUUCCGAAGCCGUCUGGAUUCAAGUUUUACCGUGACUCAUUUCGGUAUAUCUCUGUUAUGGGCUUGAUUGCGGCAAUCGGCUUUGUGGCAUCCUUUAUCAACUUCGUUAAGCUGGGCUUAGAGUGGCAUUUGAUUGUGGUCCGAGCAUUGGACCUCAUCACCAUCGUCGUGCCCCCAGCUCUACCUGCAACCUUAACUAUUGGAACGCAAUUCGCUCUCAAUCGGCUAAAAGGUAAGCAGAUCUUCUGCAUCAGUCCGCAGCGUGUCAACGUGGGAGGAAAGCUCGAUGUAGUUUGCUUUGACAAGACCGGUACACUGACUGAAGAUGGGCUGGAUGUCCUUGGUGUGCGUGUCGCGCAGAAAAAUAGCUUCAGUGAUAUGUUGGAGGAUGCGAGUGCCAUCUUGCCACGAUCAUCCUACGAGCGUGAUCCUACGAUCAAUUAUGAGACGAACCGGGCAAUAUUGCACACCAUGGCUACAUGCCACUCCCUUAGGCUUAUUGAUGGAGAAUUAUUGGGGGAUCCUCUGGAUCAGAAGAUGUUUGAAUUUACAGGUUGGCAGUUUGAGGAGGGCGAUCAGGGUGGGUCCCAUGAGGAUGAAGAAAGCGUCAAACUGACACCUUCCGUGGCACGCCCACCGCCUGGCGCUGAAUACGAUGCCGAAGAUAAUACCAGCGAUGCAAUUCGCAAGCCGAUCGAACUCGGUGUCCUGAAGACGUUUGAGUUUGUUUCGCAGCUCCGAAGGGCAAGCGUUGUUGUGCGACAAUUUGGUGCCAAAGACGGCGAUAUCUACGUAAAAGGUGCGCCAGAAGUCAUGAAAGAAAUCUGUCGACCGGAAAGUUUCCCGUCUGACUACGAUGAUCUGUUGGCAUAUUACACCCAUAGAGGUUUUCGCGUCAUCGCCUGUGCUUCAAAACAUCUUCCUAAGAUGAACUGGGUGAAAGUGCAGAAGAUGAAUCGAGAAGAGGCUGAAUCCGAUCUCAAUUUCCUGGGCUUCAUCAUCUUCGAGAAUAAACUCAAGGAAAGAACAGCCGACAUCAUUGAAGAGCUUGGAAGAGCCAAUAUCAGGAAGGUUAUGUGCACUGGUGACAAUAUCCUCACAGCUAUUAGCGUUGCUCGCGAGUGCAAUCUCAUCGACCCGAAUGCUCAUUGCUUCAUCCCACAUUUUGUGGAGGGUAAUUCUCGCGAAGCCUUAUCGAAACUAAGCUGGGAAAGUGUCGACAAUCCUAUCUACCGGCUCGAUGAACACACUCUCAAACCAUUACCGCCACCCGCGGAAGGAGACGCUUCCCUUCCGUACGAUAUAAUGAAUUUGCAAAAUUACUCUGUGGCUGUCUCAGGCGAAGUUUUUCGUUGGAUCAUCGACUACGCGCCAGAGAAAGUUCUACGCGAGAUGCUGGUUUGUGGCCAGGUCUUUGCACGCAUGUCACCUGACGAAAAGCAUGAGCUGGUUGAGAAGUUGCAGAGCAUUGACUAUUGCGUUGGUUUCUGUGGCGAUGGAGCAAAUGACUGUGGUGCUUUGAAAGCGGCCGACGUGGGUAUCUCUCUAUCCGAGGCUGAAGCAUCUGUCGCAGCGCCCUUCACCAGUAGGAUCUUCGACAUAAGCUGUGUGCCUCAAGUCAUUCGUGAAGGACGUGCGGCUCUUGUGACUAGCUUCAGUUGCUUCAAGUACAUGUCCUUGUACUCCGCCAUCCAGUUCACCUCCGUCUCCUUCCUAUAUGCUUCGGCAUCCAAUCUUGGAGACUUUCAGUUCUUGUACAUCGACCUCGCACUUAUCUUGCCGAUCGCAAUAUUCAUGGGUUGGACGGGCCCAUAUCGUUAUCUAGCGAAGAAGCGACCAACAGCUAGCCUAGUGAGCCGAAAAGUGCUCACGCCGCUCUUGGGGCAGAUAACAAUAACAGUAAUAGCGCAGUUUGUUGGCUGGUGGCUUGUUCAGCGACAGGAAUGGUACGUGCCACCUGUGCUGGACAAGGAGCACUCCAAUUCGAAAAACAGCCAGAAUACGACAUUGUUCCUUCUGAGUUGCUAUUUAUAUAUACUGAGCGCAAUUGUUUUGAGCGUUGGACCGCCGUUCAGAGAAAAGAUGUCGAGAAACUUACCCUUUGUGAUUACCAUGGUUUCAGCGCUCUUCUUUUCGACGUACCUGCUGCUUGACCCGGCUCAAUGGCUUUUCAAACUCAUGGAGCUUACAUACAUGUCAUGGGAUUUCAAACUUACGAUCCUCAGUAUUGCGCUUGCUAGUUUUGCAAUCAUGUAUAUCAGUGAAGUAUGGUUCUUCCCUAGCCUUGCAAGGUGGAUCGGAGAGAUGAAGGUUAAGCUUUGGCCCAAAAGCAAGAAGAAGAGGAAACAGUAUAAGAUUAUACAAGAGGGUUUACGAUACUGAUUGCAGCACAUGUAAACAAGAUAAGUUACGUCGAAGGAUAUAUCCUAGAGUCAAUCACAUGUUGCUUCAUCAUAUUAUUCAGUCGAAGACUUGGAGCAGAUACAGUCUCCCUUCACUCAUUCCGACACCGAGGCCGAAUAACGUCCAUUUACCAACCUCGCUGCCUACCAAGUCCAGGAGAACACGGACAACCUCAAUUCGGUUCUCAGAAGUAACCCAAAUGUCGCCUCCAGCUGUAUCGCUGCAGGUGACCUGCUGAACAACGCCUCUUCGAAUAGCGUUUAUGGCAACGUCAUAGGAUCUGCUUUUACUUCUUUGACUCUCACGGUCGGCCUGCAAUUUAGUCUCUAGAAUGGUUACUAGGUCACGAGUCUGUGCAUCAUCCUGCUUGUAAAUCAGCUUGAAUUCAUGUUGAGGCAUGUUCUGUUCGUCAACAAGCGUAAUGAUCUUGUGCAGUCCCUGUAACGGCCGUGACAGAGGGUCUUCAUCUAGCGUAAAGGCGUUG